AUGAACAUCGCAAUCCCAAACAUUGCACCAACCCGUUUGAAGCAGGGCAGCGGCGAGGCAGUUCUGGCUGUACUCUCUGCUCUUGUAAAUGCAGCGAUUUCUGGCGCUGGAUACGAUUUUCAGCCAAUUGAUUACAGCCAGGUGAGCAGAUACGAUGAACUAGCUGCUGUAGCAGACGCCGAGGACGAGCAGGGUGCGGACGAGAUUGAGGAUAACGUUGUGAUCGACAGCGACGAUGACGACGAAGUUUACGUGCGCGCUGUUAGUGGGAGUCGAAAUGCCAAAAGCGAUGCAGACCGUCCUCCAACGCCCAAAGUAGAUGUAGAAGAGUGGAAGAUGGAGGUGGAGCGUGUCGCCCCGCUGCUUCAGGUGCGCCAAUCCUCCCUAGACGACUGGCGUUCGCGUAUCGAGAGCGCCACUGUUUUAUUCAAAGCUGUAGAGAACAUGUACCCUGAUGUCAAGCAGAUGCUUGAGCGCCUUGCGAGUGACAUGGAUAAGUCACGAGACCGGAUACAAAAACGAGAACAAACGCUAGCGCAGCAAUUCUCUGAUCAGGUGGAGGAUUACCGCGUGAAACUGCGCGAACUCAACACCUCGCGUGAUUCAGCUAACGUGGCUCAGCAAACCGUGCAGCAGAUGUCAGUGGAGCUGAACCAGAUCAGUGAGCUACUGGACCAGACGAAGCGUGAUAUUGCGGAGAGGCAGGCCAGGAUAUCGGAUACGACUCCACUCAUUCAGGUGAAGGAAGCGGUGGUCAAGGUGCAGGCUGAGAUCAAACUCAUGUCUUUGCGUAUUGGCAUUCUCCAAAAUGGCGUAUUGCAGCAUGUUAUGAAACAAACCAAGGCUCGGCGUGAGGGACAAGCAAUAGAAAGGGCAGAUAUGUACAAUGGAGGAAUCAUGUUUUCCUGA